UAGUUAGUUCAGCAGUGGGGGUGAGGACGGUCUGGGUCCCGCUUUCCCCGGGCGGUGGGUGUCCGGCUGCGGGCGAUGCUACUGUGCGCUGCCGCCGGCUCCUCACUCACACGGGCCGCGCUGGCCUCACGGGCUCGAUGCACUGCAGCCGGCAGCGGCCACGGGCAACAGCGAGCAGAUGGAAAGAGCAAUGUAAUCACUGGGAAGUCUGGGUCAAUUUUGACUAUUGGGAUCAACAGGCCAGAGGCAAGGAAUGCUAUAAACAGGACCACGGCUCUACAAUUAUUGGAAGCAUUCACCACUUUUGAGAGUGACAGGACUUUCACAGCAGCUGUAUUAUAUGGGAGAGGAGGCAACUUCUCUGCUGGGUAUGACUUGAAGGAGUUGGCUCAAGAUGCUGCUACUGCUAAGUAUGAACAAGAUGUCACCAAAGAUCCAGGUCCUUUGGGCCCAUCCCGGAUGCAGUUUUCAAAACCAGUGGUUGCUGCGGUGAGUGGCUAUGCAGUCGCUGGUGGAUUAGAACUCUCCUUGUUAGCUGACCUGCGUGUAAUGGAGGAAAACGCUGUCAUGGGAGUCUUCUGCAGACGAUUUGGUGUUCCACUCAUCGACGGAGGCACAGUAAGACUACCAAAGCUGAUUGGCUUAUCCAGGGCAUUGGACCUAAUACUGACUGGUCGUCCCAUUAGUGCACAAGAAGCCCACGAGUUUGGCCUUGCCAAUCGAGUCGUCCCAGACGGUCAAGCUUUUCAAUGCGCCCUGGAAUUAGCGGAACAGAUAUCUGCUUUUCCCCAGAAUUGUAUGUGUGCGGACAGAGCCUCUGCUUACUACAGCAUGUUUGAUGCCUCAUGUUUCACAGAAGCCCUGCAGUAUGAAUUUGACAACGCUAAAGAUGUGAUUUCGAAAGAAUCUGUUUCUGGCGCAAGGAAUUUUGUCUCAGGAACCGGAAGGCAAGGAAAAUUCAGUUAAACGCUAAAAUAUCCGUAUAAAACAAUAUAAAGGUUAUUUUGAAAAAAAACGAUGGGACAAGUUUGAUUGUCUUGAUUGCACCGCCUAAUGUUAGUGUUCAGACUCACAGCUUCAAUUCCCACUAAUUACCAAUCAUUUAUGUAUUUUUUUAAAUGGGAACAUUUGUUUGACUCCAGUUUGAGGGGGUGUUGUUUAAUCUCAUAAACUGGAUAAAAAUUGUCUGAAAAUGAAAAAAAAAUUGAAAAAUGUUUGUUUUAAUGAAGUUGACAACAGUGGAAAUGUGUCGUUAUUUAACUUGAUGUGGAUUAAUUUUAACAUGAAAUAGAUGUGAGAAAGUGCUCAUUAAGAACUGAAAUGUUGAUAGAUCAAUCAUAAAUAGUUUCAUAAAAGAGGGAAAGAUCUGACACACUCAAUGGUUCAGGCAGCAUCUAUUCAUAAAGUAAAACGGGAUUAAACUCUCCAUAGACUCGCUGAGAAUGCCCAGCAUUUUUCUGUUUUAUUUCAGUUCUAACAUCUGUAGAAGUUGUUUUUCAUUCUUGAAUAUUAGUUGGUCUUUAGGAGACACAAGAGACUGCAGAUGCUGGAGUCUUGAACAAAAGACAAACUGCUGGAGGAACUCAGCAGGUCAGGCAGCAUAUUUUAAGGGAAAUGGGCAGAUUACUUUAUGGGGUGGAAUCCUUCUUAAGCCUAAUAGAGAAGAGAGGAGGUAGCUGGCAGAAAGACAUGAGUGGGCCAAGAGCUGGUGGAUCAAAGUAACGAGGGGUUAAUUGGCCAUUGAGUCAGAGGGGAGAGAUAGGUGCGUAUAGUAACCAAAGGCUGGAGGUGAUAAAGUGGAGAAAACAAAGGGGUGCGAAUGGUGAAAUCUGAGAAGAAAGUAAGGUAGAGACUGAAAUGUGGAACCAAAGGGUGGGAUGGUAGAUAAAUGGGAGCUGGGUGGGUAAGUAAAUGAGGGAUUGCAAGCAGAGAGGGUGGAUGAUGAACAAAUAGAGGAAAGGAAAGGAACUAGAUGAUCGGGGCAGGGGGAGUGGAACAAAUGGUGUGUGCAGACAGUGGGAGGCUGGGUAGAUGUUGGAGAGUGGAGUGAUUGACCUGAAAUUAAAGAAUUCAUUGCUCACGCCAUUAGCUACCCAUAUGAAGUAUUGGUUUUCUAAUUUGCAUGUGGCUGUGGAGAAAGCUGAGGACAGAUAGAUCAAUAUGAGAAUGUCAUCACUUUGCAGCUGUAAGAAGAGAUAUUUUUUGAGAAUGGUUUAAACAUUUAUUUUAUGUGAACCAAACCUUGUCUCUUUGGUGUUGUGCCUAAAAUCUUCCAGUACUUCCCGUCAUCAGCUUCCAGCAAAUGUUCCAUUGAAGGUCCAUGAAUUGAGCUUCUGUGUUUGGCUUCUACAGCGGGUAUUGUACCAUGCUGCACUAUGUAUCUGAACCAGAUAUAGACGUCUGGCAGUUUGUUAAAUAAAUGGGGAAUCAAAGAAUUAGAAUCGUA